AUGUGCAGGGCUGGUUUUGGAGGUUUUGACAGUUUUUCGGUUUUGGCUUCUGUUUUUUUUUUUGUUGACACAGUUUUGGUUUUGGCUGAUGCAGCUUUGGUUUCUGUUUUGACUGAUGUCGUUUUGGUUAUUGUUUUGACUGAUGCAGUUUUGGUUAUGGUUUCUGUUUUUGGUUUGAUGCAGUUUUUCUGUUUGUUGGUUUUGACUGAUGCAGUUUAUUCUUGGUCUGUUGAAGGGAGACUGCGGUUAUGGUGUUUGCAGGGAUUUGAGAGUUGUGAAUUGAGCAGAGGUUUAGCAAGCUCUUUGAGGUGA